UGUGUGUGCAACCUCAACAUGCCCCAUGACUUCAUCAUCGAAACCUGCAAAAAAAGAUGAAGAUGGGGACAAAUCCAUUCGGCUCCUGUUUCUCAGGCUGCCGCCCUGGCACACCUGGCGCAGCUCCUCCAAUUCCUCGGUGAACGCCCAGCUCCUGGACGUUCAGCCGGGCGCGCGGGUCACGCAGAACGAGCUGCCGAACCAGGGGCUCGAGGCCUUCACGUUUCGCAGGAAGACCCUGGUGGCGGGCUUGGAAGGCCCCUUGGUGCAGGAUGACCCACAAGUGCGGCGGAUCAUGGAGGUGGACACGGAGGGGCGGCUCCUGUGGUCCGGCUUCUUGCUCGUGGACGCCACCACCCCGCCGCCGCUGCUGCUCAGCGAGUUGGCCGCCUUGGAACUGAACCGGAGCGGAGGCACGGCAUGGUGGCGGGUGGCGGUGUGGCGCGGUGGCGAAGAGGG